UGCCAUAACCCAGACCAGGAAGAACCAAGGAUGUGAAGCUAAUUCUUACAUGGUACACUGUAGUUGAAUUUUACAAUAUCAUAGAUGGGAUUUUGGCUGUAAUCCUAACGGUAUAUUCGAAACAAAACGAAGGCAAUAACUCCGCCAUGGUUCGUUGGACAAAGACUAUGGGAAAAUAAAUGGUGUUUUUGGAUAAAGGCCCAAAAUAAGGGAUGGCUUAUCGAACAAGAGGUAACACAUUUCUGGGUUUUAGGACUACAAGCUGGCGAGCUCUAUGAGUGACUGUCUUGCCGUUGAGAGAGCGGUAAGAGAGGCAGGAUGAGUGGGGCUGCACUGGGCAUUGAGAUAGUGGUGGUGUUUUUCCUGGCUCUGUUCCUGCUGCAUCGCUAUGCAGACUUCCGUAAGCAGCAGAGGAUGGUGCUGUUUGGCACCUUGCUGGCCUGGUACCUGUGUUUCCUCAUCGUCUUCAUUCUUCCUCUGGACAUCAGCACGACAAUCUACAAGCAGUGUAAGAUUGAUCAUGAAGAACAUGCCGCCGUACCCCCUGUGACCCCACUGCUAUCCAAUCAAACAGCUGGAAACUCAACUGUGGCCACUGCCACUAAAAGUGUUCCAAAGGUGUGUUACAAACCAUGGAGCUACAUUCCGGAUGGAAUCAUGCCCGUGUUCUGGAGGGUUGUUUACUGGACAUCUCAGUGUCUCACCUGGCUACUGCUGCCCUUCAUGCAGUCCUAUGCACGCUCAGGGGGCUUUUCCAUCACUGGGAAAAUAAAGACGGCACUGAUAGAGAAUGCCAUUUAUUACGGAACAUACCUGCUCAUCUUUGGCUCACUGCUCAUCUAUGUGGCCGUUCACCCUCAGUGGCACCUCUCCUGGUAUGAGCUGCAGACAAUAGGUAUCACUGCAGCCAACACCUGGGGCCUGUUCCUGCUGGUGCUGUUGCUGGGUUAUGGCCUGGUGGAGAUUCCGCGCUCCUAUUGGAAUGCCUCGCGGCAGGGACACCUGCUCAUCAAGACCUACUUCAAGGCAGCCAAGCUGAUGACAGAGAAGGCUGAUGCAGAGGAGAACCUAGAGGAUGUCAUGGAGGAAGUGAGAAAGGUCCAAGAAGCCAUCAAGUAUAACCACCCACUGAGGAAGUACAUCGAUACUGUUCUUAGAAAGUGCCCUGUGGACUACCAGGAGAAGAUGGGUAGAAACAUGGAUGACUAUGAGGACUUUGAUGACAAACAGAACACCUAUCCCAGUGAGAAGAGCCUGGUGAAGCUUCACAAACAAGUGAUCUACGCAGUGCAGAGGCACAACAGGACCCGUGUCCAGUGGCAGAUCCUCCUGCAGCAGGCUAUGCACCUGGAGGACGUGGCCAAGAAUGAGACCAGCUCAGUCCACCAGUUUGUCCACAGCUUCCCCUCCACAGAACCAACUAGCUGGCUCAGCCGAUACUUUUACACUCCUACCGUAGAGUGGUACUGGGAGUGCCUGCUGAGACAGUGGUUCUACCGGCUGCUGGCUGUGGUGCUGUCUCUGUUCUCUGUGGCCGUGGUGUGGUCUGAGUGCACCUUCUUCAGCACCCGGCCCGUCCUCUCACUCUUCGCUGUCUUCAUCCAGCUCGCUGAGAGAGACUACAACUACUUGUACAUCGAGAUGGCGUGCUUCAUCACCAUCUUCUUCCUGUGCACCUGUGUUUACUCCACUGUGUUCCGGAUCCGAGUGUUCAACUACUACUACCUGGCCUCACACCACCAGACUGAUGCCUACAGCCUGCAGUUCAGUGGCAUGCUGUUCUGCCGUCUGACCCCUCCUCUGUGUCUGAACUUCCUGGGUCUGAUCCACAUGGACUCUGCUAUCUCCCACCAACAGAAGGAGCAGACGGCCUACACCUCUAUCAUGGGUUCAAUGAGGGUCCUGUCGUUCAUAGCUAAUGGCUUCUACAUCUACUACCCCAUGCUUAUAUUGUUGCUCUGCAUUGCUACCUACUUCAGCUUGGGCACCCGCUGUCUGAACCUCCUGGGCUUUCAGCAGUUUGUGGGAGACAAUGAAAUGACCUCUGACCUGAUCGAUGAGGGCAAGGAGCUCAUUCGGCGAGAGAAAAGAAAGCGCCAAAGGAUAGAGGAUGGAGAGAACCGACGAAGGGAGUGGAAGGAGCGCUAUGGUAACACGCGGGAAGACACCGCCAGGAACAGGAUUAGAAAUGAAGCAGCAGAAAUGACUGAGACCAACUACUCUGAUACUGUCCCUAACACUAAUAGACAGGCAAAGUACUCUCGGACUGGCAGAGGAACAGAGAGAGACUCUAUAGAACUUCUCCAGGACGCAGAGCCUUUGGACUUCAAUGCAGAGACACUUUCAGAUGACCCUCUUGAAGCAGACUCCACCAGACAUGUACCAGGCAGGUACCUGUCCAUGUCCUCGUCACGGAGCAGAAUCUUUGAUGACGUUUGAGAGAAGUAGAGGGAGAGUCGAAUGAACAGGAAAGCUAGAAAUACACAUGCAUUUUCAUCUUCCACUUUUCAGGGAAGACGUUAUCUCUCAACCUCUGUGAAUGUAGCACAUGACCUCUAUCCCACACUACACUGUAUCUGCUGCCCCUCGUGUCCAAUAGCUUGUCGCCUGUCAGAACACUCCAGUGGCUGUUGAUAUACACUUCCCCAUUAGGCAGGUAGCUGUCCUCCCCUGUGCCAGCCAAUGUGCAGCAUGUCAUGAAUGCAGACCUUUACCCCAUUUGGGCUUAUCAUUGUUAAUCCGUUUUGUCAUUUCAGUUAUUACUGAUGUGCAUGAAUUUCAAUUCAAGGUCCUCUGUUCAUUUGAUACCCCCUGGGAUAUUUGAAGUGUCUUCCCUCAAAGAUCUGGUUGAUGGGCUGAGCGAAUUGUUAAUAAUUUUGAUGAGAAGAUAAGUAACGUUAAUUACCACUAAUUAAGGAUAUUUUGGGGGGAAGACAUUAUAUAUACAGUAUAUAUUUUAUGAAGUUGUAUUUAUCUCCGAAAAGUUCCUAACUACCUACUUAUUUAACUGUGCCAGCAAAAUAGAAAUAGUUAGACAAAUUAUCAAUGUUUCAAUUAAUUAGUGUUGUCACUUGUCAGUCUUGUAUGAUUCUAUGAUUUAUGGUUCUGCUUUAUGGAAGGAAGGACAGUUGCUUGGGUCUGUUUCUGAAGCUGCUACCAUAGAAACCAAGUGUACAGUAUAGCCAGUCCUCUAUUUAUUGUAUAAUCUAUGUGAUCCAGCUCACACUGAGUUAACUGAAUUAACACAUGGUGUUUGUACUGCCCAUAGAGCUGAAUACUAACUUGAGAUGUGUGUUCUUAACUCAAAAUUUUUUGUGCAAGUGAAUUGAUGUCGGAUUUGUGCAAAUCGGAACUCAAGUUCGAAUUCGGCCCAUAAUGCUAGAGAUGUUGCAAUUGAUGGAGGUCAACUGAUACAGCUGAUACUAAAAAGCAAUUUACCAUUGCUCUUAAUUGUGACUUAUACUCUAUCUUCUAUUCCUAAUGUCAGAAUAACCUUAAACUUUUGUGUUUUGAGAAUUUAUUUGGUUAAAUUCUGUUAAGGCCUGUUUAAAAAAUAAUUUGCAAUAUUGUGUCAUUAACCAUUGACUGCUUGACAUUAGUAAAGCCUUAUUUAUUGUCAAACUAUUUGAAUUUUAGGUGUUACGAAUCUACUGAAGUCUUUUUGGGGUAUCAUUGUGCCAUAUAGUUUUAUUUUUGUUUAUUUGACUGAAUUACGAAAAUGGCAAAUGCACAUUUUCCCAAUUAUGAUUAUAUUUUUGGUUUUAAUUACUUGGCUCAAUCAACAACAACAAAAAGUGACCUUCAAAUGUCUUACAUUUUAAAUAUUUCUUCUUACAUUGAUCAAGAAGUCUUGCUGGCAGGUACAGCAAAGCAACAGGUCAUUACAUCUCUGAAAUACUGUACAUUCCCAAACACCUUUCAAUGCAGGGUCCCAAAAGUAGGACUGCACAAUGUGUCAACAUGAAAUAACUACUGUUUGAGCUUGGUUGGAUUGAGGAAUUCAGAUUUAACACACACACACACACACACUCAAUAGCAUGCAGGUUAAAUGCAUGAUAUUCAUAUUUGAAGGAGUUGGACAAUUAUCCUAAAAUCAUGUUAAAUUGUAAUUGAAUGUAAUCUGCUGUAAAUAAUAUUUGAGAUUUAACCAGUCUCUCUCCAUGUCUUUGUUAAUGAUACACUGUUGUAUAUUUUGUUUGCUUUUUUUGUUUUAUAUGGUUAUUUUAAUAUAGCAGACAGAAAAAGGUCAACACAUGUACAACAUGCUAUUUAUUGUAAAUUAAUUGAAUGGCAUCUGUUAACAAAGCUCACUGGUAGCUAUGGGGUUCCUAUUACUGAGUAAAAAAUGGUCAAGAGAUUAGAUGUCCAUUUAACUUAAUCUCCUUAAAAUCUCUUUGUAAAAAGUAAGAAAUGAAGUAAAGUUCCUAAUGAAUUAUAUAGUGUGCUGUAGUGUUAGUGAGAUGGGUAACCUCACACUGAUGAUUUUGGUGAAGACGUUUCUGCUUUGUAUCUUGAAAUAUAUUAUGUACAGGUAUAUUUCAUUUUCUUUGCACAUUUAUUCUGAUGCUGGAAUGUUAUAAUUUAUUAAAAACCCAGGUGUUGGUCCUCUGUGUUUUUUUUAAUGUAGCAUUUAGACUAAAAUAAUGUUAUACCAGUGUUGUGGAAUAAAAUAAAGCAUCUUAAAAUUA